GGCAUCAUGCACGCUCUGUACAAAUUUCUACUUGUUCAUGCUCUGACAUGUCUCGGAGGAAAUGCACGUGGGAGUGAAAUCGUAAACGGGCAGAAAGCCCCGGAGAACUCAAUGCUGUAUAUGGUCUCUCUGCAGAACAGUAGAGAAGAACAUGUAUGUGGAGGAUUCCUCAUCCGGGAAGACACUGUGGUCACCGCUGCACACUGUGGCAGCCUGGGAGUUAAACAUGUUGUUCUUGGCACCCACCAUCUCAAUAAGGUUGGAUCAAGAAUGAACAUUGCACAUAGAUACAUACACCCAGAUUUUGUGAGAGAAGGCUUUGGUAAGGACAUCAUGCUUCUCAGACUGGCUGGGAUGGCUAAACUGAACAACAGAGUGCAAACAAUUCCAAUUCCCAGAUCUGAAAUAAACACACAAGAAAACACAAUGUGCCGUGUAGCUGGAUGGGGUUACACAACUAGUGGUGGUGUAGUUUCUGAUGAUCUGAGAGUGGUGGAUGUGUCUGUCAUUAGCCGGCCAGACUGUAAGGAGAAAUGGCGUGGUCUUCCUGCCGAUGUCAUCUGUGCAGGUGGAUAUCCCUCAGACAAAGGAUUCUGUCAGGGUGAUUCUGGUGGUCCUCUGGUGUGCAACGGGAUGGCUGUCGGUGUCGUGUCUUUCAACAACAACAACACCUGCAGCUACCCAGAUGUACCCAACGUCUACACGGAUAUCUCAAAAUAUCUUCCCUGGAUCAAGAGCAAACUCAGACAUUAGCAAAAUCUUGCGCAAAGUUUCACAUCAGCAUACAUCGAUUUUGA